AGAAACGAAAAGGAAGCUUAGCUAGCGCCAUGAUGUCUCAAAACAACAAACCAAUUCACGGAGUUUAUUAACACUUUGUACGUUACGUUGCGUUAACUAAACACCCAUAGCCUUAUUCACAUAUAUGGGCUACUCAGAAUAGAUAUUAGUUUUUUGUUUUUAUUUGUUUUUGGUUGCGUAGUUUAGUUUUAAGCUAGCUAAACACCUAGCUAGCUAGCUAGCUAGCGUUGAUGCUCGGCGAGUGGAUAUGUUCAAAGCAAAAGUACUCUUUAUUGGCCCCAACGAGAGUGGGAAAACGGUUCUUGCUAAUUUUCUCUCAGACACAGCAGAGAAUGUGGGAGGUGAAUACAGACCUACUCAAGGAGUAAGGAUACUGGAAUUUGACUCACAACCUGAAGGCAGUGGUGACAACGCAAAAUGUGAAGUUGAACUUUGGGACUGUUCAGGAGAUUUUAAAUUCGAAUCAUGCUGGCCUGCAAUGAUAAAGGACUCCAGUGGUGUGGUGAUCAUUUUCAAUCCCGAUGUUCCAAGUCACCUAAAAGAAAUAGAGACGUGGUACUCGAUGUUCAUCUCCUCUCAAGGUCUGCAGGACAAACAGUGUUUACUCAUGGCUCAUCACAAGCCCGGCAGCGGAGUAGAAGAUGGACGGCUGCCUUUAGCCUCACAUUUGGGCCGACUGGCGCUUAUUCACUCCAACCUGGAGGAGGAACCAGAGGAUGUGAGGCAAGCUUUCUGCAGAUACUUGGGAAAUGUUAUAAAUACAAUGUCGGAAAGUCGAGAGCGAGAGGAGAUGUCCAUCAUCACAUAACAGCAAAAUCUAUAAAAUAUGCAGCUUA